AAUUCUUGCAUACGCAGGAAAGACCACAAAUAUUAUCAGCUUGUUAUCUUCAAGGUCUCCAUCGUAUGAUGAUUUAUCUUCUGACUAAUCGUAGGAAUGUAAUGUCUGACCAAAUGCAAAUAUCGACACCCAUCAAUACCAUCGAUGCCACGUAUCAGUCUUGUUGAAGUGGAAAUAAAUCCAACAUAUGUAAGGUGUGGCUUCAGUAUUGAAUUGUAUGCUGGCAAACUAUCUGCUUCCUAAUUUUUGAAUUUUAUUCCAUUUUUGCUUAGCCAAUGAAUUAACAGGAUGACAUGGCUGGCAAAGUUGGAAGUCCGGGCCUUCCUGUAAGAAUAACCCGUGAUUUUGAAUUUAUAUUUUCUAUCGGGGAAGGGUCCUUUGGUAAAGUGUGGAAAGCGAGGAAUCAAACCGACAAAUGUUACUACGCCCUGAAGGAAAUUUGUAUAGCUAAAGCUCUUCUAAAGAUUGGUAACAACCUGAACGGAUUAUUUGAAGAAGUUCAUGUCCUGCAACUACUAAACCAUCCAAACAUCGUGCGGUAUCACACUAGUUGGUUGGAAGGACCGAAGUCAGAAGAAAUAAAAAAUGGAUCACUAUCAUUUGCUGAAGAUAUGUCGUCCACGGAUACAAAUUUAUUAUUAAUUCAGAUGGAACUUUGUGAAUCAACGUUAAAAUGUGUUUUGCGAAACAGUGUGUUUAACUUGGAAAUUCCCCCCUUAUUUUGCCAGUUAUCUGAAGCACUUCAUUUCAUUCAUGACCACAACAUUAUUCACCGAGAUAUAAAACCGGAUAAUAUAUUUCUAUCGGGAAACUUGUGGAAAAUUGGAGACUUCGGUUUGGCCAGAUUAUUCACGGACAAUUCAACUUUAUCGACGGCAGGGUGUUCAGCGUACCAAAGUCCUGACCCUGGUUGUAGCAAAAAAUCGGACGUUUUCACAUUAGGGUUGGUGUUUUUGGAAGUACUGCAUGCAAUUAGUACGAAGGCUGUUGGCACUUUCCCAACUGUCAAAUACAAGGAAAUUUUACGUGCAAUACAGCCAUCUUUUAGGCAAGAAUGCGCCAUUAUUUCCAAGAUGUUGCGUCAAGAUAAGGACGAGAGGGUAUCGUCUGGUCAAGUGAAGUGGGAGUUUAGUGGUCUAUAUGACUACAGAAAGAUGCCCGAUUUUAUUGUAAAUGUUAAUCCAGGAAACAAUAUACCUGACGGAGUAAGCGGUGACUAUAGUAAUGAAACGGGAACAGGUGAGGAGGCGCUCUUUAAUGAAAUAGAAAUCCAAGCUCCAACCACUCCACAGUCCAAUAUCAACGAAGAAAAUAAUAUUACACAACAACUUACAAAAACCCAAGGUGAACAAGUCAAUCAGUUGUUGGCGCUUCUACAAAGCACAUCUAGACAAGAAGAUUCAGUUAUCCCGUCCGAAAAGAGUUUCCUCGAAUUUCCGAAUCCUGUAACAAAUUUUACAGGCAGGUCUUCACUAAUGGACGAUGUUAUAAAAUCUUUAACAUCGUGGAGUACGAAUUUAAAACAUCAAAUAAACUUUCCCCUCGUCAAUCUCUACGGGCUGGGUGGUCAUGGAAAAACACAAACUGCUCAAGCAGUUGCAGUCACGUGCAUUGAAGACGAACAUUUUGAUGCAGAGAUUUGGAUAGAUGCCGAAAAAGAGGAGGAAAUCAUGCAGAAAAUGACGUUAGAAUUAAAGAAUCAAUGUAUUGAAAAAAUUCCAGAAAACGAAGGGAUACUACUUGCAAAUAAAUUUUACAAUUUAAUAAGUUCCAAAGGUUCGCAAAAAAUUCUGGUAAUAUUUGAUAACGUGGAAGGGUUUUAUGAAGUACAGAAUUUUUUACCCCUUAACAAAAAUAUGGAAAAUGUUGCCAUUUUGCUAACAUCAGUGGAGAUGGUGACAAUUUCAAGUGAGAAAGGAAAAAGUGACAAUUAUAGAGUGGACGUUUUGGAAGAAGAUGAGGCUAAAGAAUUGUUUACUACAAUUCUGAAGGAUUCGGUUGAUUAUACGGAAAGCGAUUUGUCCCUGCUUGUCGAGGAGUCUGGAAAAAUACCAAUAAUUAUUUGUAUGAUGGCAGGAACUAUAGCCAGUGGUGGCUCUAAAUCCAGCAUAACGCAACUUAUAAGGCGAUGGAAGGAAUUCUCAGAUAAAAUUCUCAGAUAUCCCAAGACUCCCAAGAGGAGUAAAACGGAAAAAGAAAAGAAAAAGAAAAGCAGCGAUGAAUAUGAGAAAAGUUUGUACGUUUGUGUUAAAAUUGCUUUGGAAUAUCUAAAACAAUCCACUGAUAAAUAUGCUUCCGUGGCACUUCAUAUAAUAGAAAAAUGUGCUUAUUUCCACAAUAAUUGUCCACUUAAAUAUAUCCUGGAACAUGUUACGACUAUCAAGCAAGAUAUUGAGGAAGUUAUUUCGGAAGAGUUGCUACUACCUCUUGAACCUGAUCAAGUGUUGAAAAAUGCAAUCGAGCUCUUAUCUAGAUUCUCGUUGAUCAGCUUUAGAACCAUCAAUUAUUCCAAGAUUGAAAUGAAGGCAGAAAUACAUCGUCUCGUUCAUGGCACGCUAAUACUAAUACAAAAGGACGAAAACCGAGAAGAAACAAUAUUGGAGGAUCUCAUUGGUUGUGAGGAUUAUCCAGAAUUGUCGGGAAGCAUUACAUGCGCGGUUAUUUGGUCACAUGCAGCAAAUCAUGAUCGUCUGAUAAGGAAAUAUUUUAUGGAGAAAGGAUCAUUUAAAGGUUUGGUGCAGCAUGGAUUUUUAAAUGAAGUAAAGAAAAUUAUUAAGACACUUGGUGAGAGUGAUUCAGCCAGCAGAAUCCUUCAACCAGAAAGAAUCGGCUACAAGAAAAUAAAUGGGUUGGAAUCUGCGUUGGAAAAUGAUUUUAAGGGUCUUGGGCGAGAGUUUGUACGGUUACUUAAAACUAAUCGAACCCAUAUCUGCGACGAUGUUUGGAACACGGGGAUUAAAACGACGCUAAUAUUUUGCUUACAAAGACUUAAUCUGGAGGUAUUUACCUAUCUGGUGGAUGAAUUGGCCUUGGACGUAAAUUUUUUAUCAAGCAGCCGAGGCAUGUAUCGAACGGAUAAUUUAUUGGUGAUAUCAAGUGCAAGUGGGAAGUUGGAUGUUGCAACAUAUUUACUAAGCAAAAACGUCGAUCCUUUCAUCAAAGGGGAUCAUGGCAAUUCAGCUUUACAUGCUUUGGCAACGGUAUGGGAAGAGAAACAAGAGGUUAUUUUUCUAGCUUCUCAGAUUGUCUCAACAUAUCCAGCAUUGCUAUACGGAAAGAAUAUAGAUGGAGAAUUAGCGUUUAUGACGGCUGCCAAAUUUGGAUGUCCAAAUUACCUUAAUUCUUUACUGGACAAUAUGGAAGAUGCAAGUGAACAAAUUAACUGUACUGAUAAUAAGGGAAAUACCGCCGUAAUGUUGGCGAUUGAAAACUGUCAGCAGAGACCAAUGUCGGAAGUCAUCGCCGUUUUAGUAAAGUACGGUGCGAAUAUCCAUUACGUGAACACUAUGAAGUUAUGGAACGCAUGGCAUUAUGCAACUCGUUCUGCGUUUGGGUUCACAAAACCCAAGGACUUUAGAUUGUAUUUUGUUCUUAAGACCCUGGUGAGACAUAAUGUUGACCCUGAAUUUCAGGAUGGGAAUGGCGACACAUUUUUCCACGCCAUAAUGAAGCGUUGUACGUUUGAAUCUAUUGACGAGAACACUGUUAUAGAUAUAUUGGAGUUCAUUGUUGCAAAUAACAUGUGCAAAAUAUUUGACUGUGAAAAUGGAGACGGGCUCAGUGUUAUGAAAUUGGCUGAAAAACUUAAGGAUCCUCCGAGUAAAUGUUCGGAGGAUGAAACAUCUUCCAUAAGUUCAGAUGAGGAGUCUUUACACGAAGGAUUAAUUGAAAAUCUUGAUAUUGUGAUUGGAUUUAUUAGACGGCUAAAAGGAAAUCAUCUAAACCUUGAAAGUACGCUAUGUGAGAGAAUCGAAACACAAAAUCCUCCAAAUAUUCAGAAAACCACGAUUAUUGAGACAAAUGCUUUUCUGCCUUUUCCGAAGCCUUACAAAAAUUUUGCUGGUAGAACUCGGCUUUGCGACGACGUUAUCAAAUAUCUCACAUCACAAGUUUUAAAUUCUGUCGCACAAAUUAGAGUUCCUCUUGUCAACCUCUACGGUCCCAGUGGAUAUGGGAAAACCCAAAUAGCUCUAAAAAUUGCAGAGCGUUGCAGCAUGGAAGCACUAUUUAGUGAUAUAAUCUGGAUAGAUGCAGACAACGAAUCCAGGAUCAAAGAAAAAGUGUGGAGAGAAUUACAUAAUCAAGGAAUCCCAAACAUUCAGGGAAAUCGUGGGAUAUUUCUUAUCAACAAGCUUUACGAUUUAAUAGAGUCUCGAAACCCAAACAAGGUUCUGGUUAUUUUUGACGAUAUUGAUGGAUUCGACGAAAUCAAAAACUAUUUACCUCUAAAUAGAAAUGUAAAUCUGGUGAUUCUACUAAUAUCGGAGAACGAGGUAGUCUUCCCACCUGAAUAUGAAGAAAUUUGCACAUUUGAGGUUGAUAUUUUCGACGAAGACGAUGCAAAGGAACUUGUAGCUAAACAACUCAAUGGUUCCCCUGACUAUAAGGAAAACGAAAUUUCCCUUCUUCUAUCGGAGUCUGGACGAAUACCAAUAAUUCUAAGCAUCAUGACAGGAAUCAUUGCCACCGUUGGUCGCAAAUAUUCUAUGAGCAAGAUCUUGCACGAAAUUGAAGCUGAAAAACAAUCAAAAAUACCAAGAUGUUCGAAAAAUCGUAAUACCCAAGAUGAUUUUAGCUCCCAAUGUGACGAACUUAUGUACGUAUGCAUGAAAAUUGUUAUUAAAAAAUUAGAAGAAUCUACCAAUGAGUAUGCCGUCAUGGCAAUAAAGUUUUUGGAAAGAUGUGGAUAUUUCAACAACAUCUGUUCCCUCAAAUUUAUCCUGGACAAGGUCCCUUCGAUUAUGCAAGACAGUGAGAAAAUAUCGGACGAGUCUCCAUUUCCUAUUGAACCUAAGCAGAUGCUAAUACGUUCCGUCAAGUUAAUGUCAAAAUUCUCGUUGGUUGAUUACGUCGCUGGUGAUGAUCCGUAUGUAAUAAUCCAUCCUCGUGUCCAAAGUUCGAUAAGACAUAUACAACAAGAGGAACAACGAGAACACGAUAUUUUGAAGGAACUUAUCAGCUGUGAGGAUUUAUCAGAAUACGGUUUAGAUAUUCCGAAUGCAGAAACAUAUUUUAUCCGUAGUUCUAUCGCCACUCUAUGGUCACAUGCUCUAGGUCACGAGAACCUGAUAAGAAAAUACUUCCCGAUGAAAGCCUCGAUGAAGACAAUGAUUGAACACGGAUUUUUCAAUGAUGUCAAGAUUAUUCUUGAGUUACUCGAAGAUGAUGAUUCAGCUAUCGAAAUCCUUAAUUUAGAAUAUUUUAAUCCAUUUUGUAGGGUUUUGGAGCUGGGAGUUGAUUUAGCUCGAAGUGGAUUGGAGUCGGCUUUAGAAAAUGAUUUUGCCGGGCUUGGGAAAUAUAUGAUUCGCCAACUUAAAGAUAAUCAAAGUGAUAUUGAGGAACAAGUAUGGGACGACGGAUUAAGUAGUGCUUUAUUUUUUUCCCUUGAAUUUAAGACAUUAGAAGUGAUGACCGCGCUGGUGGAAGGGUUAGCUCUAGAUGAUAAUUUCUUGUCGCGUGUUGUUAACGAGGAUAAGAAUACAUUACUCUUAGUAGCGCUAGACAGGAAACAAUUUAAGAUAGCAGAAUAUUUGCUUGACAAGAAUGCAAAUCCAUGUAUCACAGGGAAACAUGGAUACAAUGCGUUGCAUCUUUUGGGGAUAAAAUGGAAUAAACACAAUGUAGAAUCGCCAACUGUUCUAGCAGCUCACCUUGUGUCGAAAUAUCCGAGCUUAAUACAUGAAAAAGAUGACGCUGGGAAUUUGCCUUUCAUGAAGGCAGCGGAAUUCCUUAAUGAGAGUGCACUCAAGUUCCUUCUGACCCAUAUGACGGACGCAACGUCUCUAAUUGAUUACACCAACAAAGAAGGAGAUACUGCGUUGAUGUUAGCAAUUCAAAAUACUGCGUAUUACCCAGUAUCAAAUGUUAUUCAGAUUUUGAUGAGUUUAGGGGCAAACAUAUAUUACACAAACAAAGACCCCGAGGCUUUAGCUGGCAACGCCUGGGAGUAUGGGUUUUGUUCUCGUCUAGUACACAAAACAGGUGAACCAACCAGGUAUGGGGAGCUUUUCAAGAUCCUAAUAGAAAAUAAGGUCUCACCAAAGCUGUCAGGUAAACCGCACUCGUCCUAUGCAGGGAUGGUAACUAGCCUACCAAAAAGUGUGGAAUAUGUUGGGGAAAUGAUGGUCAUUGAGAUUUUGAAUUUUAUGAAAGAAAAUGACUUGGAUAUGUCUUCUUUUAAAAACGAAGAUUGUUCUGAAAUUGAAGGCGCUGCGAACACAAUGUUUAUAGAAGGGAUCAUAGAAAUCGUUAACAAUACAGAAAAAACUGGGAAUUUCAAUGUCAAGUCCGAAGUAUUUGUAUGAGUGUGGAAUUGAGUCCGAACUCAGAUACUGUACAUAAUUUACUCUCUUAUGUGCAUUUCGUUAUCUAAAAUUGCGUUAAGUCACAUUUUUAUUAUAAUGAAUUUUAAGAAAAAUUAAAAUGGUAUGUCUAUUUAUGAAAAUAAAUAACCACCUUGCAGAUACAAUUAUUUAUAUUCGUGCUAGUUGCUGUUUUGGAGACAAAGCGUUUCUAUCAGCGUUUUCGUGCGUUAAUAGAUUACGACUUGAGAUUUAUAUAUUUAGUAUAAAUGUAGACAAAUUAAAUUUUCCGAAUAAACUUAUAUUGUUGCCACAUA